AUGGGGGUCAUGUGGAUGAUGGGGAUGAUGGAGGAGAUGUGGAUGAUUGGGGUGAUGGGGAUGAUGAUGAUGAUGGGGAUGAGGAGAAUGAUGUGGAUGAUGAGGAUGAUGGGUGUGAUGGGGAUGAUGGAGAUGAUGGAGAUGAUGGGGGGUGAAGGGGUUGAAGGGGGUGAAGGAGAUGAUGGGUGUAAUGGGGAUGAUGGAGAUGAUGGAGAUGAUCGAGAUGAUGGAGGUGAUGGGGAUGAUGGAGAUGAUGGAGAUGAUAGGGAUGAUGGGGAUGAUGGGGGUGAUGGGGAUGAAGGGGGUGAAGGAGAUGAUGGGUGUGAUGGAGAUGAUUGGGAUGAUGGGUGUGUAGGGAAGAUGGGAGUGAUGUGGAUGAUGGGGAUGAUGGAGGAAAUGUGGAUGAUUGGGGUGAUGGGGAUGAUGGGGUUGAUGAUGAGGGGAAUGAUGUGUCUGAUGAGAAUGAUGGGUGUGAUGGGGAUGAUGGAGAUGAUGGGGGAAGAUGGGGGUGAUGUGGAUGAUGGGGAUGAUGGAGGAGAUGUGGAUGAUUGGGGUGAUGGGGAUGAUGGGGUUGAUGAUGAUGGAGAUGAUGGGGAUGAAGGGGGUGAUGGGGAUGAUGGGGAUGAUUGGGGUGAUGAUGAUGCAGAUGAGGGGGAUGAAGGGGGUGAUGUGGAUGAUGGGGAUGAUGAAGAUGAUGGUGAUGAAGGGGGUGAUGGGGAUGAUGGGGAUAAAGGGGAUGAUGGGGAUGAAGAGGGUGAUGGGGAUGAUGGGGAUGAUUGGGGUGAUGGGGAUGAUGGAGAUGAUGGAGAUGAUUGGGAUGAAUGGGAAGAUGGGGGUGAUGUGGAUGAUGGGGAUGAUGGAGGAGAUGUGGAUGAUUGGGGUGAUGGGGAUGAUGGGGUUGAUGAUGAUGGAGAUGAUGGGGAUGAAGGGGGUGAUGGAGAUGAUGGAGGUGAUGGGGAUGACGUGGAUGAAGGGGGUGAUGGGGAUGAUGGGGGUGAUGGGGAUGAUGGAGAUGAUGGAGAUGAUGAGGAUGAUGGGGUUGAUGGGGUGUAUGGGGAUGAUGGGGAUGAUUGGAGUGAUGGGGAUGAAGGGGGUGACGGAGUUGAUGGAGGUGAUGGGGAUGACGUGGAUGAAGAUGUUGAUGGGGAUGAUGAGGGUGAUGGGGAUGAUGGAGGUGAUCUGGAUGACGUGGAUGAAGGGGGUGAUGGGGAUGAUGGGGUUGAUGAGGGUGAUGGGGAUGAUGGAGGUGAUCUGGAUGACGUGGAUGAAGGGGGUGAUGGGGAUGAUGGGGGUGAUGGGGAUGAAGGGGGUGAUGGGGAUAAAGAGGGUUAUGGGGGCGAUGUGGAUGAUGGGGAUGAUGGAGAUGAUGGAGAUGAUAGGGAUGAUGGAGAUGAUGGGGUUGUUGGGGGUGAUGGGGAUAAAGGGGAUGAUGGGGAUGAUGGGGAUGAUGGGGAUGAUAGGAUUGGGAUGAUAGGGAUGAUGGGGUGA